AUGGACAUAGAAGCAUAUUUUGAAAGAAUUGGUUAUAAGAAUUCUAGGAACAAAUUGGACCUGGAAACAUUAACCAACAUUCUUCAGCAUCAGAUCCGAGCUGUUCCCUUUGAGAACCUGAACAUCCAUUGUGGUGAAUCCAUAGAUAUGGGCUUGGAGGCCACUUUUGAUCAAGUUGUUAAGAGAAGGCGGGGUGGGUGAUGUCUCCAGGUUAAUCCUCUCAACUGGGCUCUGACCACAAUGGGUUUUGAGACCACAAUGUUGGGGGGAUAUGUUUACAUCCCUCCAGCCAGAAAAUACAGCAGUGACAUGAUUCACCUACUAUUGCAGGUAACAAUUGGUGGCAGGAACUACAUUGUGGAUGCAGGGUAUGGAGGCUCCUACCAGAUGUGGGAGCCUCUGGAAUUGAUUUCUGGGAAGAAUCAGCCUCAGGUACCUUCCAUCUUCCGAUUGACAGAAGAGAAAGGAAUCUGGUACCUGGACCAAAUCAGAAGAGAGCAGUACAUUCCAAACGAGGAAUUUUCUAAUUCUGACUUUCUGGAGAAGAGUAAAUACCGAAAAAUCUACUGCUUUACUCUUCAAUCUCAAGCAAUUGAAGAUUUUGAAUUUGUGAAUACAUACCUUCAGACAUCCCCAACAUCUGGGUUUACAAAUAUAUCUUAUUGUUCCUUGCAGACCCCAGAAGGGGUUUACUGUUUAGUGGGCUCCACCCUUGCCUAUAGGCAAUUCAGUUAUAAGGACAAUGUAGAUCUGGUAGAGGUUAACACUCUGAGUGAGGAAGAAAUAGAAGAAGUACUGAAAACUAUAUUUAAUAUUUCCUUGGAAAUAAAAUAUAUUCCCAAGCAUGGUGACAAAUCCUUUACUAUUUAG